AUGCGACGUCGAGAAGCAUUAAGUGGCCAAGUUUCCAAAAAACACUGGCCAAUCCACGGGUUUACUGGUUAA